UUGGCUUCUGGUGAAGCUGCUGCUGCUGAUCUCUGGCAUUCCUUUCUCCUCUUUGCCAUGUGGUGGGUCUGUGUCUUUCUGGGGCUCUUCCUUCUAGCCUGCCCGUCUGGGUUUUUCGAUGGCACUUCAGCUCACGAAACUUGUCCAAUUGUCCACGUGACUGUGCCUGAAGGCGGCUCUGUGAACACCUUCAUACCGAAUGCCACCUCCAUUUCAGAGACGUCUUUCUUCAUGCAGAAAUAUAACACCUCAACUUCAUCGUGGGAAGAUGUCAUUUACUCCUCUGAUGAGGACUCCCAAAACGUCCUCAGUUCCUUCAAGGAGACACUCUCCUUUUCUGGUGGCUACUUCAAGAUGGAGAAUGUGAGCAAAGGGGCUGAAGGAGUUUACAGGAUUCAAGGUGAAAUGUACAAGAAGUGUGUGGCUAUUGUAAAACUCAUCGUGGUAGAGCCCAGCUCAAUCCCACCUGCUGUGUCUGGGACCUCUGGUGCUGAGGAGGAACCUCGCAAUGAGAUCAAAGGGGAGGAGCCAGUGUCCUGGAAUCUUCUCAUGAUUCUUCUGGUGCUUGGAGUGGUGGUGGCGGCAGCGGUGGGAGUGCUGCUAGUCUUACUAUACAAACGUGGGUUUCAGAAAGCUAGAGAAAAAAUGUCUGCCUAUCCAGGACUCCUCUUCAGUAAGCUGCUGACUCAUCGGUCCCAGGAGCCUGGAAGUCUGCAGGAUUCACAGGAAUAUGAGCUCACCACAGUGUGUGAUGGGGAUGGGGACCAGGACCAGGGAACCAGAAACAGGAAUCGAGACCCAGCCCUGGAGAAUGGUGAGGGAGACCUGCUAAUGGAGAACAGGCGCUUCACCCAGGAAACCAGAAAAAGGGAUCCAUUAGGUGGGGACACGGGCCAAGCCCAGGGAACUGGAGUAGCGUUGCCAAUCCUCCAGGAUUGACCGGGAGUCUGCAGGAACUAAAUAUUAAUUUUUAAUGAAAGAUUAUGUCAUGAUCAAAUCUCCAGAAAUACAUCCAAUUAAAAUUGGCAACCCCAAACCGGAGUGGGUGGGAGGGACCCAUUAGAUGGAGACAGACGUGGGUUGGGGAACCAGCUAGAAGAGAUGAUCCCUCCUUACAAUGCCCAUCAAUAGUGGGGACUAGACUGAGUGAAACUUUUCAUCUAAACCUAUUUUAGGUGAAAAAUGCAGAUUCAGCAACACGGAAACAUUUUGCAAAUUCAUAUUCGUUCUGCUGAAUUGUUCAUGUCCAGACCCUGCCCCCAGUUCUUAAAAAGUCAAAGCAUUUUGUUUAGACACUUUCCAAACAAACUGUUUUGAUUUUUCAGUUUGACGCAUUUUUUUGUUUAAAAAUGUCCUUCAGUUUUAUUUAAAAAAUUCAA